GGGACUCGAGUGGCGCUAAACAUACGUAAGAGUAGGCUUGUAUGCAUAAACGUUAUGAUUUAUUAGACUUGGGCCUAACUGAUGAAGGAUCAACGUGUCCGUUACUGGACGCAGCUCCGCUUCAUGACAUCACUGGAGUGACAGGGCAGCCGCGUUUGGGUGAAGAGGAGGAGGCGGAGGAGGAUCUCUCCCCAUAAGUUUACUUUGCCCUUUGCGGGAGAUGAGAUUCAGCCUCCAUAAACCCGCUGCGAGACGACCAGGGACGGGGGAGGAAACUCUGUGAGCACUCUGAAAUCUGCUGAAUUCAGGAUUAUCUGCGGGUCAUGGACGCUUACGUCUAGCAGAGUUUUUCUUUUUUUUUUCUUUUCACGGAUUCCCGGCUUGUGCGCCUGCUGCAGAGCGGACCGCGCAGAGCGACUCCAGGCGGCUCUGAAGGAAACCAUAUCUGGUCAAAGUAUUCGUUGCUGUCACCCAGCGGGACAACCGGCUAUAAAUAGCGCUGGAAGAGGUUCCUCUGUUUCCCAGGAGCCCUACAGGCACUUGGCUGCCUUUGCUGUUAUUUUACCCCUGAGCUGGGGCUCACUGAGAUAUAGAUUUGUUUUGUCAGUCCCCAGGGUCGCCCAGACUCCAGUUCACCUAUAUCUUGCCUUUUUUUGUGUGGAGGGGCAACUGAGGUGUGCUGUCCAUCAUGUCGGUGUUGAAGAAGGAGAUGGAGAAGUACAGGGAUAUAGAUGAGGAUGAGCUGCUGAAGAAACUGUCAGAGGAAGAGCUGCAGCGAUUAGAGGAUGAAUUGGAGGAGCUGGAUCCUGAUAAUGCACUGUUGCCAGCUGGGUUACGGCAGAAAGAUCAGACAAAGAAAGCUCCAACAGGAACAUUUCAGAGAGACAACCUGCUGGCCCACCUGGAGAAACAGGCCAAAGAGCAUCCUGACAAAGAAGACCUUGUGCCCUUCACAGGAGAGAAGAGAGGGAAAGCCUGGGUGCCUAAAAAGAGGGUGGACCCCAUCAUAGAAAGUGUGACCCUGGAACCUGAGCUAGAAGAAGCCCUCGCCAGUGCAUCUGAUGCUGAACUUUGUGAUAUUGCAGCCAUCCUGGGUAUGCACACCCUGAUGAGUAACCAGCAGUACUAUGAAGCCCUGGCCAGCAGCACCAUAGUCAACAAGCAAGGCCUCAACAGUGUGAUCCAGUGCACCCAGUACAAACCAGUCCCUGAUGAAGAGCCCAACUCCACCGAUGUAGAAGAGACACUGUUGAGAAUAAAGAGAAAUGACCCUGACCUGGUAGAGGUCAACCUCAACAACAUCAGGAACAUCCCCAUCAAGACCCUGAAAACGUACUCUGAGGCUCUGAUGAAGAACACUGUGGUGGAGAGGCUUAGCAUUGUAGGAACCAGAAGCAAUGACCCUGUAGCAUUUGCCCUGGCAGAGAUGCUGAAGGUGAACACGACAUUGAAGAGCCUGAACGUAGAGUCCAACUUCAUUACAGGGACUGGAAUCCUGGCCCUCAUAGAGUCACUGCAGAGUAACACCACACUACAGGAGCUCAAGAUAGACAAUCAGAGCCAGCCGUUAGGAAACAAAGUGGAGAUGGAGAUAGCCAGCAUGCUGGAGAAAAACACCACGCUGCUGAAGUUUGGAUAUCAUUUUACCCAGCAGGGCCCACGCCUCAGAGGCUCCAAUGCCAUGAUGAACAAUAAUGACCUGGCCCGAGUCAUCAGGUCAGAGUCGGAUGGCUCCUUCACCCUCACGCUGUCUGUCCCUGAGCUGGAGAGGGCCUUCGGGAAAAAGUUCAAGUCUAAGACUAAUAAGAAAGAGAAGGCUUGAAGGAGGACCCAUCUUCCCAAAGUGUCGGACGAAUGUGUAGAAACCAGGGCUACUCUCAACCCUCUGUUUCCCUUCUUCGACCCCGAUUGUUUUUCAAAAGUCCUUCUUGUCACCCUCCUCAGCCUCACUCCAUCAAUGGUCUACCCAUAAAACUAUGCCCACUAUGUCAGGUUCAAUUAUCUCUCAUGUUUUUCUACUUUCAAGACACCUUUUUAGUAGAUAUUGAAGGAUCCAACGGUAUUAAUGAGCAGUGUCUCUCUGAGCUUUCAGUGCAUGCAGAAGUUGACAUUGUGAGCUUAUUUUUUGUGCUCUGAAGUUUGAAUUUCAGCCUGGGUUUCAGGCUUGAACACUUGCUCUUUGUAAGAACUAACUAGGCAAGGCUUAUUUUGUCGUCAUGAAUCCUUUAAUGUCUCCUCAAGUGCCUAGGUUCCUUCAUAAACAGGGCUGGAGGUCUGGCUAUGAACAAGGACCCAUUGAAAAGUGAUGGGACACUUGCAGCAAUCCCUGUUUCCACUGAUGAGUUGAAAGAAUUCUAAUUAUUAUUAUGCUGUAAAUGACUUGUGCUGUCAUUACUAUUGUUCCCCAGAGUUUCUGAUGUUGCUCCAAGGUUGACAUACAAGGUAUUUUCUACCAGUUAUAAACAAAAGCCUUCUCCCAUUUGACUUAAUAGACUUAAAAAAACUCAGAGAAAUAUCCAAUAUAAUAUUGGAUUUUGACCUGCUUGAGAAAAUCUGAUGUUAGACCUUUUUUUGUAUUAGGUAUAAACAGUAUUUUAUUUACUCAUUGUCCUCAGAUUCUAAGCUAUUUAGACUCUUCAGUAAUGGACAGAUGGCUACUGUGAGAUUUGUCUCUACAUACAUAAUAUAUUUAUUUGUGACAGAUCUAGGAAAGAAGUCAGAAGGUGUUCAAAUACUUGACAUAACUUGGACUGAUUUUGCUGGGUAGUAUAAUCGCUUGUGUAAAAAUGUUUCUGUAAAUGAAAAUUACAGAGAUUGUUGAAAGAGAUUGUUAUAUUAUCCAGCCUUUACAAGACCAGGUCCUACAGAACAUUCCUGCUAGUUGGGAAUGACAACUGCCAAUUCAAAUUUUAUUUGCUGAAAGUAGAUUUUCUAUGAACCUGCUGAAAAACAUAUUACCAACACCAUCUUAUUUUAUAGAAUUUAUUAUCUACAAUCCACAAUGUAAGUCAAGACUAUAAUGACCCAAAGUAACUGCGAGUAUUUGAACUUCUGUUACACUUUCAACCAGGUCUGAUUUUAUUGUUUGUGUUUAUUGCUAUUUACUGGAGCUAAAACGUGUGUUUUAAUAUGAAAUGGGUGGUAAUGAUGACUUACGGUGUAUUACAGGUUUCACAUUAACACCUCAAUUCAAGGCUGGAGCAUUUCAGCGAUGCAUGGUUAACACAGAUUUAACAGAGGAAACCUCUGAUGUCUUUGCAGCUGUCAGAUUACUUAGAUUCAUUUUGUUGAAAUAGAAACAGAUGAUAGAAGAUCUUAAUUCAACCACUGAACACCUGAAAUAUGGGAUAACAAUCCUGGAGCGAUCAUUAAAAAUGCUCUCAUUAAGGGCAAAACAUGGC